UAAUAAUAUCACACAAAUAUCAAUUAUGAUGUACAAAUUCAUAUUUAAUAUUUGCUCUUCUCCUCCAAUGAGGAUGGAGAUGGUGCAUGCUGACGUGGCUUCUCUCUCCAUAACACCUUGCUUCCCGUCUUCUUUGUCUUCGUCCUCACAUCAUCACUAACCAACAACAACAUUGUAUCAUGUCGGAAGAUCAACACCGUUGGAUGGAUCAGAUUGCUUCAUCGGACUACUUCUCUUUAAACAUGGACAAUGCUCAACAUCUCAGUAGCUACUACACGGGUCAUAGAGAAGAAGACAUGAACCCUAAUCUAAGUGAUUACAGUAAUUGCAACAAGAAAGAUACAACAGUCUAUGGAAGCUGUGGGCACUCGUCAAAAGCUUCGGUGUCUAGAGGACAUUGGAGACCAGCUGAAGAUACUAAGCUCAAAGAACUAGUCGCUCUCUACGGCCCACAAAACUGGAACCUCAUAGCUGAAAAGCUCCAAGGAAGAUCCGCGAGGCUUUUUCCUGGAAGGACGGAUAAUUCUGUGAAGAACCAUUGGCAUGUUAUAAUGGCUCGCAAGUUUAGAGAGCAAUCUUCUGCUUACCGUAGGAGGAAGACGAUGCUUCCUCUUAAGCCACUCAUUAACCCUAAUCCUCACCUUUUCAAUGAUUUUGACCCUACUAGGUUAGCUUUGACCCACCUUGUUAGUAAUGACCAGAAGCAGCUUAUGUUGCCAAUUCCUUGCUUUCCAGGUUAUGAUCAUGAGAGUCCGUUAAUGGCGGAUAUGUUCCAAAACGAAAUGAUGGUCGGCGAAUAUAUUGCAUGGACACAAGAGGCAACUACAUUCGAUUUCUUAAACCAAACCGGGAAGAGUGAGAUGUUUGAAAGAAUGACUGAGGAGAAGAAACCACCCUUUUUCGAUUUUCUUGGUUUGGGGACAGUGUGAUCAUCAUCAUGAACAAGACUCGCUUAAGUUAGUUAACAAAAAUUAUGAGAUGAUUUGAGUCCUUAUCGAUGUAGUUAUGUUGCGUUAAUAGUUGUUGUCCUUAGUCACAUGCAACAUUCCUUACCCCGGGUUAAUAAGUACGUACAUAUAUUACCACUCGUUGGUUAAAAUCAAUGCUUUCAUUUAUG